AAUUCGAAAAACGAAAAAGCAGUUUUGGCUUGCAGUGCUAAGCAGACCUCAAGCAGAGUAGUUCGUAAACAGUAAACAGGAACUAUUGUAUUUUUUUGUAUUAAGUAAUUGGACGCAGAAUUUAGCAUUUGUAAUUCUGAUUAAUUCCACUGCUUUUUAAUUAAAAUAAAAAUGGGUGUUGACGUUAUUAGUGCAUGUUAUGCCUUGUCAGUUGCAGCGGGUGGUGUUAUGGGAUAUGUUAAAGCAGGCAGUACAAGUUCUCUUAUUGCUGGGUUGACUUUUGGAAGUAUUUUAGCUUAUGGUGCUUAUCAAACAUCCAUGGAUGAAAGCAAUUUUAUUUUAUCUUUUGUCACCACUUCAACACUGGGUGCUAUCAUGCUGAUUAGGUUUUACAAUUCUGGAAAAUUUAUGCCUGCUGGAUUAAUAUGUUCAUUAAGUGGUCUCAUGUUAAUGAGGUUCAUCUACAAAAACAUGCUGUCAAGUAGAAUUGCAUAAAAACAUUCCAUUCUUGAUUAUGUUUUCAAAUAGCAAACUGACUAAUGUGGAUAAUAAAAUGAAUUCAUUAGUUAGAGAUGAGCUUAUAUACAAAUUACUUUAAAAUGAAUUAGUUUUUAUUUACAUAAUUUAAAACAGUAUUGAUGAAAAUCGAUUAAAUCUGAACUCUUAAUUGUUUGAAAUAAAUUAUUCAAAGCUUAUUUGUUUGAAUCAUUUAUCAAAUAUGUAUUUAAUUUUCUAAUAUUUUUAAAGAAUUACAUUUGAAUUCUCCCAUUGGUUUAAAAAAAUAGUACUUUCAAAUGAAAAAAGGAUAUUGCAGAUAUUUCCAGAUAAUUGUUAUACUGAAAUGUUUUAAUUUUUUUUUUUUUUUUUUUUUUUACUUUGUAGCAAAGCACACAUACAUUAUGAGCAUUCAUUACAAUAGGAUAAAAUUUGACCUUAAAAUGUAAGCAGUUACCUAAAAUAAUUACAAAAUUAAUCAUUUAGGUUUUGUAGAGGUGCAUUUAACUGUUUUCAAAUAACAGGGAUAUUGUUUUGAAUCUAUAUCAUAUUAAAAUUAUGACUAACAUUAUUUGCAAUUAUAGGUGUGGUCUUAUAAUUUGAAUUCCAUACUUGUACAUAAUAUCAUGUUAGUAUAUACUGUAUUUGUUAUGUUCAAGUGUCUUCUUAUCUUUGAUUAAGAAUUUGAUAUUUUAUAUGGAUUUAAAUAAAAUCUUUUGUUAAAUAAUA